UUCCAGUGAAAUUCGUGCUUUCUGUGGUGGCAUUUCUGCAAAGGAAAAUGAUUCUGGUGAGAUGAGAUGUAAACCCAGGGAAUCACAAGUUGAAGUACAUACCUUACCUCAACCCACAUAUUACCGGUAUGGUUCAAACCAACAUGCUAUGAAAAAUUCAACCAAAAAAGAAAUAACAUUUGAUGGACAUUAUGUAGCAUGUGGGAGUAAGGUUGAUACCAAGAAGCCUCUAGACCGUAUAGAUGAUAAUUUAUUACAGUGCACUGAAGUAUUUCAUCAACCAGCCUCACCCCCCACAUAUAGUGAUUACUCUCAAAGUGCUACAAGUGCAACUCCAUUGAUUCACCAAUCAAAUGAAAAUAUGGAUUUGAACAAGGGCGGCAAAAAUCCUGGCAUUGUUUACUGUUUAGAUGUAUAUAGGAAAGGCAAGAAAGGUUACGAAGUUAGUACAGGUGAUUUAUCAUAUGAAAGUGCAAAGUCAAAUAAUGGGACAACCACUGAUCAUUUAUCAGAAGAGUAAAGACACAAACCUUCUUAAAGGCCUCAUAUAAAGUUUAAACCACUUUGACUUAUAUUACAGUUCUACCCAAUGCGAUCAAUAUGUGCUUUGUAAAACUUUAUUAAAAAUUCUUUAAGAGCAAGCUCUCCAGAUUAAUUUGACACAAGCAGAUUUAAAAUCCUUCUAUGGUUGACUACACAGGACGGAUUUCAUUGACUCUGCGCGCCAACAUCUCAGUGGUUAAAAAGAACCAAGAAUAAAGAGGAAGCAUUCCUCUAACAUUUAAUCUUAUUCACAGUUAAAGAAUGACAUUUUACUGAUUUAUUUCUGCAAUUUUCUAUCCUUCUUUUGUAACAUGGCCACUGUACCUAUCCAUGCAAACAAGCGCUUGUCUCAACAUGUCCUUACAAACACGUGU